AUGGAUGCUUUACCUGAGCAAGGAAUUCGGUUAGAAGAAGGACAAGAUACAAAUGUAUUAUUUGAAAAAUGUCUAGGUUGCUCUGACGUUGGAAUCGUUUCCGGUACCGUUCGAAACAUGGAUGGAACCAUGGCCGCGGAGCUUGUCCGCAGACUUGUGACAGAAAUGUCAUCAGAAAUGCGUCCUACCAUGGCGAUUUGGUUGCAUUGGAUUAUUGUGACUCAUGGUGGAUAUCUGGCUAGUGUACAGGAUUUGCAAGAACCAUUGAAUGAAUUGCACGGCAAGUUGAUACAUGGCGGAGAUCUUCUUAUGAAGAUUUCUGCUCUUUCCGGAAGAUUAAGCAUGGUACUUGGACAAGCUGAGAUCCGAGAGAGUCGACAACUUGAUCAAGAAGGAAGUAGUGAAGAGGACAGUGAUUAUGAGGAUGAGCAAAACUCUGACUACGAUAUUGAGGUAGUGGACGAAAAUGAAGAUGAAUUGGAUGAAAACGAAGAAGAGGAAGCCGCAGCUGCAGCCGCUGAGAUUAUGAAACAUAACAAGUUAGACGAAGAUAAGGCGCAUACAUAUCUCUCUCCCGAUGCAGAACUGUCCCCUAGAAGACGACAAUUGGAAAACAAACAUCACUUUAGUGAAGAAGAAGAAGAUGAUGAUGACGAUGAGGAAGAAGAUGACAACGAGCAAGCAUUACAUGAAGAUGGAACUGGUGAAUCUGAGUCAGAAUCUGAAGCAGAAGUGGAGGCUGCUAGGCCAGUUCCAGUACGCAAGAAUCCUCGCCCUGAAAGCCCGAGAAAGUCUAUGCGCAAAUCUAGGUAA